AAAGUGCUUUGGAGUGGUUCAAUGUAUUUCAGGAAAUAUCUAAGACUACGAUGCGAUUAACAUGUACCUAUCCAGUUAAAGAAAACAAGAUUGUCUUUAGAGGGUUAAGACACUGUAUUCACAAUAAUUUAAUGAAACAGAAAAAUAUUUUAUAA